AAGCAUCACCGUUCUCAUUCUAGGGUUUUCAGUUUAUUGCUUGUGCUGUGUUUGGAUCUAUUACCGCCCCAAAAUCAACUUCUUACAGAAUCAUCACUAUGACUGCUCAAACUCAAGAAGAGCUUCUCGCUGCUCAUCUCGAACAACAAAAGAUCCAUCAUGAUGAGCCUGUAGUUGAAGAUGAUGAUGACGAGGAGGAUGAGGAAGAUGAUGAAGACGAUGAUGAGGAAGAUGACAAUGCAGAAGGUCUUGACGUUGAUGCAUCUGGUAGGUCCAAGCAGACCAGAAGUGAAAAGAAGAGUCGUAAGGCAAUGCUUAAACUUGGAAUGAAGUCUGUUACUGGUGUCAGUCGUGUGACAGUCAAGAAAAGCAAGAAUAUCUUGUUCGUCAUCUCAAAACCAGAUGUUUUCAAGAGCCCAACUUCCGACACCUACAUUAUAUUUGGAGAAGCUAAGAUUGAAGACUUGAGCUCACAGCUACAAACUCAGGCAGCUGAGCAGUUUAAGGCUCCUAAUUUGAGCAAUGCAGGAGUGAAGCCAGAAUCCUCGGGUAUUGCUCCGGAAGAAGAAGAUGUCGACGAGACUGGUGUAGACCCCAAGGAUAUUGAGUUGGUGGUGACUCAAGCUGGUGUGCCAAGAUCAAGAGCUGUUAAAGCUCUCAAAGCUGCCAACGGAGACAUUGUUGCCGCCAUUAUGGAGCUCACUAAUUAAUGGUAGUACUUUAGAUUUUGGAAUUUGGAGCUAUUUUUCUUUGCUGGUCAAUUUUUUUUGCUCUUGUUCGGUUUGAAAUAGUGGUUUGCCAAUCUUUACCUUUGCUUUGUUCUAUUUUCUGUGUAAUUGCACUUGCGAAAUGAGAAAAAAACUAGACAUUUGCUCUA